CCUCUGGGUCAAUCAAAACCCUAAAAAAAAACCCUCCUCAUCCACCUCGCCGUCGUCGGUUCCGAGCUCUCCCCCCCGAAACCGACUCAUGGGGAAGUUCCCUCAUGGUCUCCGCUCCGUUACAAGGCUCCCCUCCGACUUCCUCACGCCCAACCCUUCUCUCCCUCCACCUCCACCUUCCCCUUCCCCUUCCCCUUUCCCUUCCCCUUCCCCUCCGCCUCUCAAGCCCUUCCCCAAGAAGAAGCCCCGGAAUACCUCCAAGCGACCGUCCACCGUCGCCACUCCGGCGCCGCCCCCUUACCAGCACCUCUUCCGCUCCCCUCUCCUCUCCGACGCGAUCUCCGCUUUCGACACUCUCACAUCUUCCUCCCCCGUCGAGCCCAACUCCAUCAUCCAAUCCUUCUGCAACGCCGGAGCCUCCCCCGCCGACGCCCUCGCCUUCUUCCGCCAUGUCUCCUCCUCUGGCCUCGUCACCGAGCUUGGCCGCUCCGCCUUCCACGUCCUCAUCGGGCAUUCCUGCCUCCACCCUUCCGCCCCCAAACUCUCCCCUCUCCUCGACCAAAUGUCAGCCGCCGGGUUCCCCCCUGACGCCGCCUCCGCUGACCUCGCCGUUCGCGCCCUCUUCUCCGCCUCCCGCCUCGACGACGCCUGCGAGCUCAUCCGCGGCCCCCUCGCCGCCGUCACCGACCGCUUCACCUACAACUACCUCAUCCGCCGUGUAGCCCGUUUCCGCCCCAUCUCCUCCGUCUACGCCCUCAUGGACCAGUUCCGCCAAGCCGGCCUCCACCCGGACCUCGUCACCUACACCAACCUUAUCGACGCCGUCUGCCGCGGCAAGAACCUCCGCGAGGCCACGCGGCUCCUCUCCUUGCUGUCCGACGCCGGAUUCAAACCCGACUGCUACCUCUACAACGUCAUAAUGAAGGGCUAUUGCAUGGUGGACCAAUGCGGAGAAGUGAUGGAGGUCUACAACAAGAUGAAGGACGAAGGCAUUCAGCCCGACCUCGUUACCUUCAACACCCUCGUCUUUGGACUCUCCAAGGCCGGAAUGCUCGCCCAAGCCAAGAAAUUCCUGAAUAUAAUGGCGGAGAUGGGGCAUUUCCCCGACGUGGUCACCUACACCUCGCUCAUGAAUGGCUUGUGCAGGAAAGGAGACGCCUUGGGAGCCCUUAAGCUUUUGGGGGAGAUGGAGGAGAAGGGAUGCACUCCCAAUGAGUGCACAUACAACACAUUGCUUAUGGGCCUUUGCAAGGCUAAGUGCUUGAGCAAUGCCGUUCAACUCUACCAAGUGAUGAUUACCAAGGGCAUGAAGCUCGAGAAUGCAUCGUACGCGACGUUCAUGAGGACCCUCUGCCGUGCAAAUAAGAUUGCAGAAGCAUACGAAGUGUUCGAUUAUGCAAUCCAGAGUAAGAGCUCAACAGAUGUGACAGCAUACAGGGCACUGGAAAGCUCGCUCAAGUCACUGAACAAGACAAAAGUGUGACUCACAGGCACUCAUUGGUGGAUGCAGCGGAGGCCCUGUGAUAUCAGGCACCGAUAGAAGUGGUGGAGCUGCUGCUGGAAGUGCAUUGCCCACCGCUCGCCCUCGUUCUACUGAAACUGUGAGCAGGAUGGAGGCAGGGUCCCUGCCUAGGUCUUUUCUUAGUUCUUAUUAUCGCUAUUGGUUUCAGAGAUAAAAACUCUAUUUUGCCUGGUUUCAUUUUGUUCCUUCCAUCCUACCUAGCAUGCACAAAGUCUUAGGACAAGUAUGGUGAUCAAAUUUCUUACUCUACCUGUUGUUCUUACAAAUAAGGUUAUAAUUUUGUUUCAUGCUGAUCGGCGCUAAUAAAACUUCUUGUUUUAGUAUCGAUUGACACACUAAA